CCCUCCUCCCUCCGCCCUAAUCCGCGGCAGCCAAAUGGCGCUCACCUCCCAGAGCCUCUUCUUCGCCCCGUCGCCCGCCGGCCCUUCGCGGCGGGCCCGGGGCCGCGCCGUCACCAUGUGCGCCGCCGCCGCCUCGCACAACCCGCAACCCCGAAACAACCCCCUCGCCGUCUCAUCCUCCACCCCCAAAUCCGAAUCCAAGGACUCCAAGAACGCCCUCGCCCUAGGCUCCGCCAUCGCCGCCGCCGCCUCCGGCGCCUUCCUCAUCGCCUCCUCGGGCGGCUUCGGGGGUGGCCCCGGGGGCCCCCUCGGCGGGGGCGGCGGAGGCGGUGGGGCCGGCGGCGGCGGCGGCGGCGGCGGCGGGGGCUUCUGGUCGCGGAUCUUCUCCGCCGGCGCGGCGAACGCCGACGAGAAGUCGUCGGGCGACUGGGACCCGCACGGGCUCCCGGCCAACAUCACGGUGCCGCUCUCCAAGCUGAGCGGGCUGAAAAGGUACAAGCUUUCGGAGCUCAAGUUCUUCGACCGCGCGGCGCCCGCCGGCGGCGGCGCCACGGAGGCCGGGCCGGAGGACUCCUUCUUCGAGAUGGUGACCCUGCAGCCGGGCGGCGUGUACACCAAGUCGCAGCUGCUGAAGGAGCUCGAGACGCUCGUCUCCUGCGGCAUGUUCGAGCGGGUCGACCUGGAGGGGAAGGCCAAGCCCGAUGGCACCCUGGGCCUCACCGUUUCCUUCACCGAGAGCGUCUGGAGUGCUGCCAAGCAGUUCAAGUGCAUCAAUGUUGGGCUCAUGGCGCAGUCAGGCCAGGCCGACUUCGAUCAGGACAUGACGGAGAGGGAGAAGAUGGACUACCUUCGCAAGCAGGAGCGAGAUUACCAGCAGCGUGUCCGCGGCGCCAUGCCGUGCAUAUUGCCAGAAACCGUCAGAGGGGAGGUUCUUGCCAUGAUGAAGAAGCAGGAGAAGGUCAGUGCCAGGAUGCUGCAGAAGAUCAGGGACCAUGUCCAGAAGUGGUACCACAACGAGGGGUUUGUAUGCGCCCAGGUGGUCAACUUCGGAAACCUUAACACCAGUGAGGUUGUCUGUGAGGUGGUCGAGGGGGACAUAACCAAAGUGGAGUACCAGUUCCAGGAUAAGCUCGGAAAUUUUGUCGAAGGGAACACACAAAUUCCUAUCAUAGACCGGGAGCUGCCCCAGCAGCUUCGACCUGGUCAUAUCUUCAACAUUGGAGCAGGAAAACAAGCUCUGAAGAAUAUAAAUUCACUUGCUUUAUUCUCCAAUAUAGAAGUGAAUCCGCGCCCUGAUGAGACAAAAGAAGGUGGCAUUGUAGUGGAAAUUAAGCUUAAGGAACUAGAACCAAAGUCAGCUGAAGUAAGCACAGAGUGGAGUAUUGUACCUGGGCGUCAAGGAAGACCUACUUUGGCAUCCAUUCAACCUGGAGGAACUGUGUCAUUUGAGCACCGUAACAUCUAUGGUCUUAACAGAUCUAUUGUUGGUUCUGUUACAUCCAGCAACUUGCUCAACCCUCAGGAUGAUCUUUCAUUCAAGCUUGAAUACGUCCAUCCUUACUUGGACGGCGUGGAUGACCGUAACAAAAACCGCACCUUCAAAACUAGCUGCUUCAACACCAGGAAGUUGAGUCCUGUCUUUGUUGCUGGCCCCAAUAUGGAAGAAGCACCACCUGUUUGGGUUGAUCGAGUUGGAUUUAAAGCCAACAUAACAGAGAGCUUCACACGACAGAGCAAAUUCACAUAUGGCCUUGUGGUGGAAGAGGUUACAACACGUGAUGAGACUAAUAGUAUCUGUACACAUGGUUCUCGGGCAAUGCCUAGUGGUGGCUUGAGCAUGGAUGGACCACCCACAACCCUCAGUGGUACUGGUGUAGAUCGAAUGGCAUUUCUACAAGCAAAUAUAACUCGAGACAACACAGAGUUUGUAAAUGGUGCAGUUAUUGGUGACAGAUGUAUUUUCCAGUUGGAUCAAGGUCUUGGCAUUGGAAGCAAAAACCCACUGUUCAACCGUCACCAGCUUACGCUGACAAAGUUCAUUAAUCUAAACAAACAAGAGAAAGGUGUUGGCAAGCCUCUACCAGCUGUGUUGGUUCUUCAUGGUCAUUAUGCAGGCUGUGUAGGAGAUCUGCCAAGCUACGAUGCAUUUACACUUGGUGGACCUUACUCAGUUAGGGGCUAUGGUAUGGGUGAAUUGGGUGCUUCUAGGAAUGUUCUUGAGGUUGCAAGUGAGGUGCGCAUACCUGUGAAGAACACAUAUGUUUAUGGAUUUGCUGAACAUGGCACCGACCUUGGGAGUUCCAAGGAUGUGAAAGGAAACCCUACCGAGUUCUUCCGACGGGUUGGCCGCGGAUCUUCUUAUGGUGUUGGUGUCAAGCUUGGCUUGGUAAGAGGAGAGUACAUUGUAGAUCACAACACCGGGAUUGGAACCGUUUUCUUCAGAUUUGGCGAGAGAUUCUGAGUGCAUUUCAUUCGGCCUCUGAGGAAGGAGCAUUUGAACUACUGGGGUACUGAGUCUUGAAGCCGCCGUGCACUUGUUGGAUUCAACUGGAGAAGGGACUUAUGUUCUUCUGGAAUAAUCAAGUUUUGUUGUAUUUUUCUGGGCAAGGGAGAAGUUAGUUUCAGGAUGAGUUCUUUAUUUGUAGGAUAUGAGGUUUGUCUUACAGAGCUUCGAGCUGGUGUUUAAGUAGAUGAAAGUUGAGUGCUUAGUGCUACCAAGGGGUGUUUUGACAAGGCUUUUGUCAGAGUCAAUUCGUUUCCCCGUUAGCACUUUGUUCGGUUGGUUAGCUAAAUUGUCAAUGCAGUUUUUGCUCCAUUGACGUAUUAUUAUGGUGUUAUAAGUGGUAAUAACUCGUUGAUCUGUACUAGUUCAAACAUGGGAUCGAAAUUAUGGUGCAGUUUUUGCUCCAUUGACGUAUUAUUAUGGUGUUACAGAUCUU